AUGUGGCCUGUAAUAAUUGUUCUUACCAGUACGAUUUCAUUAAAUCUGGCUGAUUCAAGACUCUUACAGUUGUUCAGCAACAGCUCGGAGGAUUACAAACCCCAUUUGCUGGACAAUGUGUUCUCUUUGGCCUACAAUGAAUCCAACCUGUUUGCCACUGAUUACGAGGACGAUGCUCCAGCUAAUGAAACGAUUACUUUUUUGUGUGGAAACAGUAACUCGAGAGAUUUGCAACCAACUAUUCCGAAUGACUCGGAUCUAUCAUCAAAGAUAGAUACUUCCUUGCCUGUAAUGUUCGUCACCCAUGGAUGGCUAUCGAGUGCCCAGGUUGCCUGGGUACAAGCCACCGGCCAGGAUUCACUCACCUUCUUCGACACCAACGUCUGUCUCGUUAACUGGGAACAGCUAGCCGCGUAUCCUUACGUUAUAGCCGUCUCCAAAACGCUGAUCGUCUCCGGUUACAUGACGGAAUUUAUACGGUUCUUGGAAGCAUCCGGAAUACCGCUAUCGGAAGUUACACUUGCCGGCCAUAGUCUCGGUGCGCAAAUAUCUGGCCAAGUGGGGUACAACUUCCGAGGGCAAAUCGGUCAAAUUUUCGGCCUAGAUCCGGCUGGACCACUGUUCACGGGGGCUCCUUCAUCGUUUCGUUUGGAAAAGACGGAUGCCGAGUACGUGCAGAUGAUUCUCACCUCGAGGGGAACCGCGGGAGUUUUCUUCGGUGAAGGUCACGACAACUUCCUGCCAAAUGGAGGCUUCGUACCGCAACCGAAUUGUGUGACUCGAGAAUCCGGUGAUACCGACAUUGCCUACCAGAUAACCUGCAGUCACUCGCAGGCGCACGUGCUGUUCCGACUGUCUCUAAAUCCGGAUAUUGUCUACCUUGGGCAACAGUGUAGCAGCUACAGCUUGUAUUUGGAUGGGCGCUGUUCGUCGAAUCCGGUGAGCAAGCUGGGAGUCUACAGUGACCGUUUGGGAGGGAACUUUUAUCUGAAGACAUCACCAGAUCCUCCGUACACAGUUUGA